CAAUACACACACACCGUUACAGAAGCCCAGGCCAUGUUACAUGGGUCUCCAUGGAUACACGAGAAUCCAGUGGAUGUCGGCCUGGGACUGGACUGGCAAUGACUGGGGGCCGCUGGAGUGAAGCUGGGUGACAGCUACAGGUAGCUCCAGUAUUAAGAGAUGAAAGGUUAACCUUCCGUGUCAAGAAAUCGCGCUGUUACGCAAUCCUACAAAAAUGUAUCCCCCAUGAGGACUUCAUGCCAGCUGCACUACAGAGCUAGGUCCUUGUUCAUGAUUUUGCUAAGUUGUCACUUUUCACUGGAGCGUUAAUAUUCUUUAAGAAAUCGGACUCACGAUGCGCUUUCAUUCCAAGAGAAUCGUGACAUUUGGCCUAACGGUUUGCAUUGGGGUUUUGAUUGUCAUCAAUGUGUAUAACAUUGACUCGUGGACACAACAUGCGAGCUCCCCACCCUGGAACCGCCAGUCUCGGCUGGAGUUACACGCUGAGGGCCGAGCUGUACAUCUCUCUCCCCAGUACCUCGACGAGAACCAAGAUUUGGGGAUGGCUCUGGACAAAGUAGAUGUCCGUAAGACCGCAGAGAGGCGGGUGUUGUCACAAUCUAACGUUUGGCCAAACUCAGCAGACCCUGAUGAUGACAGAAUAGUCAAACAGAUGACAUAUAUCCCCAGAUCCUUGAUGAAUUUAAAUGAGAGCGACCAACACGGCAGCAAAGUCAUCCUCGUGUACACUGGCAUGGGGGGUUGGGCCGUGCAGCCUGGUCAGCAGACCUUCCUAGAACAGAAAUGUCCCGUGAACCGGUGCUUUGUCACCAGCAACAGGGAAUUCCAGGAAACUGCAGACGUGAUGUUGUUCAAACAUGGUGUAAGUGUUCCGUCCAUUCAACGGCUCCCGAGGCAAAUCUGGGUGCUGUAUAUGCUGGAGUCUCCAUACCACACCCCAAGCUUGUCCAGCCUCAGAAACGUCUUUAACUGGACGGCGACUUACAGACACGAUUCUACAAUUGUAACACCGUAUGAAAAAUUUGUACCCUAUAAUUCUUCAAAAGUAAUGAAAAGGAACAGUAAAAACUAUGCUGCCGGGAAAACCAAGAAAGUGGCUUGGUUCGUAUCAAACUGUGGAGCUAGGAACGGGCGAAGACAAGUGGCUAAUGAACUGGCCCAAUACAUAGAUGUGGACAUCUACGGUGCUUGUGGGCCUUUGAAGUGCCCUCGUUUUCAAUCUAACGACUGCUUCGAGCUGUUGAACAAACACUAUAAAUUCUACCUCGCCUUCGAAAAUUCUAACUGCAUGGACUAUAUAACAGAAAAGUUUUUUGUUAAUGGACUGCAGAAUGACAUAGUCCCUAUAGUAAUGGGUGCUAGGCCAGAAGACUACAAGCGAGCGGCACCACCUCAUUCUUAUAUACACGUGGAAGAUUUCGAAUCCCCGAAACUGCUGGCCGAAUACUUGCAUAAACUAGACCAGAAUGAUGAUUUGUACAACGACUACUUCCGGUGGAAGGGCACAGGACAGUUUAUCAACACUUACUUUUGGUGCAGAUUAUGUGCUCUGGCGCAUGACGUGGACAAUUCCCCAACGCCAUUUGAAGACGUUGAAAAGUGGUGGAGGGGAAAUGGGGUGUGUAUAGGCCAGGAGAGGUGGGACGCGUUCUCACGGAGGAUGAGACAGCUGACCUGACUGGCAGUCUGAGGGGAA